UCAACAACGGAGAAAGAAGCUCUCUGCUAAAUAUUCUGAUUCUUCUUUCUUUUUUUGGUUAUUUAUUAACUCCAAAGUCUUUCGUCAGAAUCACAAAAUGGUGGAUCCGGUGGGUUACAGAUUCCGUCCGACGGACGAGGAGAUCGUCGUACACUACGUGAGGCCAAAGAACAUCGAGAGUAACACGAGUCAUGUAGACGAAGUCAUGAACACAGUCGAUAUAUAUAGCUUCGACCCAUGGGAGUUACGUUUCAAGUCGAGGAUAAAAUCGAGAGAUGAGGUUGUUUGGUACUUCUUCGGUUGUAAGAAACGAAUGCGUAACAACAGACAGAGGAGGACAAUCCCGUCUGGUUUUUGGAGUAAUACCGGCGAGACAAAGCCAAUAAUCCGGAAGAAGGGAGGAGGAGGAGAUCACGAGAAGAUUGGUGAGAAAAGGGUUUUUGUGUUUAAGUACAGUAGUAAGAUUCCCGGUGGGUCGAAGUCGAAAUCGAAGUCGAAAUCGAAAUCGAAAUCGAAAUCGGAUUGGGUUAUGCACGAAUACGUCGCUACGUUCUCGUCUCCCGACUCUCAGAGGAUGACGACAUCGACAUAUACAGUGUGUAAAGUAAUGUUUAAGGGUGACCCCACAGACUUACCUUCUUCUUCCUCUUUGAUCCCUCAAUUGAACAGCAACAGUUCGGGUGGACUGAGUACUGAGUCAGAGGUACAGAACCCAAACCAGAUUACAAGUUCCGUCUCCUUAAUCCCUCAUGUGAACAGCAGUUCUGAAGGACUGAGUACAGAGGCAGAGGUUGAGUACAGAGACAGAGGUGGUAUGUCACACCAGAUUACAAGUUCCAUCUCUUCAAUCCCUCAUGUGAACAACAACAAUUCUGGAGUACUGAGUACAGAGACAGAGGUGGAUCCACGUCUGUUUAGUGGCUUUCUUUAUUUGGAGGAAGAUGCUCAUUUCGAAGAUGAAACCCUCAGGGAUUUGAACAGUUUGCCUAAUAAUGAUGAUGCUGAGGAGGAGGAGUGGCUUGUGAAUCUUUGGUCUAUGCAAGGGGAUCGCAACGAUCACAGACCUAAAAUGCCACUGACCGGUUUCAUUAGCGAUGAUGAUGAUGAUGAUGAUAGUGAUUCUGAUUCCAUAUCUACAAAAACAUGUUCCAUUAAAAGCUCGAGCACUUGUGUUACUUUUGGUAACUCUAAUCGUCUCAUAGACCAAAUCAUAGACCUGCCAGAGUCCCCACGCUCAACAAUCGAAUCAGUCUCGUUAACUCAAGAGGUGAGCAAAGCUCUGGGAGCCAAUAGUGCUAUAUCUGAGAAGAAGAUGAGUCCUUGUGAUGAUGAUGCACAAGUAAGUGAGAUCGGAGGUGAUCAAAUGGGUCAGGAGAUGGUGAUCAAGAACAAAAGAGCUGGUUUCAUUUACAGGAUGAUACAAAAAUUCGCCAAGAAAAUCAAGCUAUGUUCUUGUGUCUCAAGAAUAUGAUGCACCAGUCAAUGAGAUCAAUUAAGAAUACAUUUGGUAAUUUCCAUGUAUGAGUUCAGUUAUGUCUAUCUUGUUUUGUAACUAUUUCGUAUUUUUAAUGUAUGUCCUAAUCUCAUAUA